AUGAGCAAACAUCGUCAUUCUAAAGAUAAAUUAUAUGUGACAUAUAGCGAACAUAUGUUAGAAAGAGGUGGUAAGAAAGAGAAUAAAGCAACUCCUUUAACUAGAUUACCAUUUGAUCAUUGUUCACUAUCACUUGAACCAUUUAAAAAUCCUGUUUGUACUAGUGAAGGUCAUGUAUUUGAUAUUGUUAAUAUUGUUCCAUUUAUUAGAAAAUACAAAAGAAAUCCAAUAGAUGGAUAGCCACUUAAGAAUGUUGAUUUGAUUUAGUUAAAAUUUCAUAAAAAUGAUAAAGGAGAAUAUCAUGAUCCUAUAAGUUUUAAGGUAUUUACAGAUCAUACUAAAUUGGUUGCUAUAAAAGUAAGUGGGAAUGUUUAUACAUCUGAUACAAUAGAGGAAUUAAAUCGUAAACCUAAAUUUUGGAAGGAUCUGAUAAGUGGUGAAGUUUUUAAUUAUAAAGAUAUUAUUGUAUUGUAGGAUCCUAAAAAUAUAGAAUCAAGAACAAUAAAGAAUUUUGAUUUCUUAAAAAACAAUCUGAAAUUAGAUUAAUAAACAGAAGAUGAUGUAUACGUAAAUUUAAAUGAUAGUGGAAAAAGAAUUAUGGAAAUGGCAUAAGAAUAAAAUGUACAUAGAUAAAAAGAAUAAAAAGAAAGAGAGAAGUAAACUUUUGAAGAGAUUGAAUAAAUCAAAAAAAAAGUUAAAGAAUAAAUGGAAUCAAAUUAAUUAAGCGUAAAAGAAUUUUUAGAACUCUCUUCAAAAUCAGGUGAUUUUGUAUCUGAAAGAUAUGCAACUGAACAUGAUUCUGUUAGUGUUACUAGUACAUAAAUGACAUUAAAAACUAAACCUUUAGGAUAAGUUUAAUAUAGAAAUAUGAACGAAGAUGAGAUUAGAAAGUUAUUAUAUGAAAGAAUAAGAAAAGCAGGAUAAAAAGGAUAUGUAUAAUUAAUUACAAAUUAUGGAAAUAUUAAUUUUGAGUUACAUUGUGAUUUAGUCCCUAUGACAUGUGAAAACUUUUUAGAAUUAUGUGAAAAAGGUUAUUAUAAUUAAACAAAAUUUCAUAAAUUAAUUGAAAAUGAAUUAUUAGAAGGUGGAGAUCCAACUGCAACAGGAUAUGGUGGAGAAUCUAUAUUUGGAAAACCAUUUAGAAUAGAGAUAAAUAAUUUAUUAUCUCAUAGUAAAGCUGGAAUAGUUUCUAUGGGAAAUCUUGGAGCAAAUCAUUAAACAUCACAUUUGUAUGUUAUUUAUAUAAACAUAAUUAGUUUUAUAACUUUAGCUGAAUGUAAAAAGUAUGAUGGUAAAUAUGCUGUAUUUGGAGAAGUAGUAGGAGGAUAUUAAUCAUUAUAUCAGAUUAAUAAAUUACCUACUAAUAUGUGGUAAAGACCUGAAGUUACAAUUAGAUUAAAAGAAAUAAAAGUUAUUAAAAACCCUUUUAGAGAUAUGAUGAAAAUCAUGUUAUAAGAAAAGGAAGUUGAAAAGGAGUAAAAAUUGUAGGAUAAAGAAAAAGAAAGAUGGUUAGAUGAUGAUGGAUUUUCAUUACCUACAAAAGUUUCAACUACUUCACAAAUUAAAGGAUUAGGAUUAGCUUCUAAUCUUAUUUAAUAGUUCAGUACAUAAGAACUUUAAAAAAAAUAAUUAAAAUAAUAUUCAUUUGAUAGUUGGUUAUGA